GUAACUGUAACAAGUAAUUGACAUUUGAUACCAUUUUUUUCGGAGCUCUCCAUCACAGUUGUACUGUGUUGGUACGAAGUUGCGAUACGGGAGCGUUUAGCGUGACACGAAGCGCGCCAACUCGCAACAUUCAUAGUGUAAAAGUUACCGCGAAAGGUAUACUCUAUGUAAUUUGCGAUGUUUAAAAUCGAACUAUGCGCGAACGAAUUGUACGAACUUUAUUUUAAUCUGUGAUGAUGUGUUUUGAAUUUGACAGAUUUGAUUGUUUUGGAUAUCGUUCACGGCGCUAAUAUAUGACGCUUCGUCAAUGUAAAAAAAUAAUAAAUGAUGAGCAGAAAUAAUACACGAAGAAUUGCCGAGUUCCAAGACGACGUUUUUGGCGCGGGAAAUAUCGGUAAUUUCCGUAGAACCGCUUCACUGCGGCUGCGCGGUGAGAAAAUGGUGCAGCGCUCUCCUUUAUUAGCUAGAAAAUAUAUUCCAAUAAUCACGGAAAACGGAAAUUCAAAGCGAAGCGAUGGUUCCAGAUUACCUGAGCUCAGCCAUCGUCCUCGAAGUCAAUCGUUUCAUGCAAAUUCUCAAAUCAGACCCAAAAAGUCCUGUUUAAAAAUGCAGGACUGUCUUGAUAGAAAGUUGAGUAUGACUGAUUCUGCUAAUACUCCCCCUGGGUCUCCAGAGGAUUUACCAGAUGAUGAUUCGUUGCAUAGUUAUGGUAGCGCAGCGACGGCAGCCUCGAUCGAUGCCGGGUACGCACCAUUUAAUGGUACAACAUUCAGUGGCAGGUCCAUGCGUUAUGUGUUGCAUUGUUCAUCACAUGCUGGUCUAGCUGGAGAAGAAUACCUUACACCAACACAACGCGCACAAAAGCAAAUCCGACGGCUAAAAAGCCUAUUGAGCCAAGCUAAGAAGGACUUGGAUAAGAAGGACAGUGAAAUAUUUCAACUAACAAAAGAAGUUGUUGAACUACGGCUUUAUAAAGCUUCAGUGUUUUCCCCAGAUGAGAAAUCAAACUCAAGUGAAAUUGUUACUGUAAGAGAAAAUGAAGAGGGUAUUGAGGAGCAAAGUGUCAGAUUUAAAGAUACUUGUAGAUCUUAUGAUGUCGUGGACAGUCCCUUCAAAGACCACAGUACACCAACCAGAUGUCGGAAUGAAAUGCAGGGGUCCUUUACAGACUCGGGGCACUUUGAUGACUUAACAAACUCUUCAUUGCACUCUAAAGAAUCUGUUCAUAUGUUAAUGCAUGAUGCAUCCUGCAUGACUGAAUCACUAGACAGCGAUGAAGAAAGACGUAGUUUAAUAUCAUUUUAUGAAAAGAAAAUAGAAGAUGUAAUGAGGGCUCAUGUGGGUGAAACUCAGGAAAUGAAGAAAGCACAUAAUGACAAGGUUGAAGCGCUCUUGCAGAAGUUAGCAGAUGUUAAUACAAGAUACUGUGAAUUACUGCCAAAUCAUGAACAGGCCAAGGAACGGAUCCAUGUUCUAGAAAAGCAGUUAGAGGAAGCCAGCCGGCAGUUACAGGAUGAGGAGAAUCGCCAACGAGCUAUGUACCUGCAAAUGUAUAAUAAGGGUAUGGAAGCAGCUAAGUUUCAGUUUGACAAGGAAGUUGAUGGUGAAGGAUCUCAGAAUCAGUUGAGCCGAGUGUCAGUUGAAGAGCUCCUAGAGCAGCUACAGAUUACGCAGAAUGAGCUCGAAAACGUCCGAGAUACAGCAUUCGCAACGGACAGAACAGCAUCACAAGUACUUCUAAGUGCAAAGGAGGCUGUUUCUUUAUGGGUCCUAGGAGCGAGAAAGGCAAUGUACCGUCGUAUCGUUGAGUCACAAAAGGGCGCCAAGUCUAAUGUUGACCCGGAAGUUACGCUACAAUUCCUAAAAUCGGCGAUAUACUACUUCCUUACCGACCCGGAAAACCAUCAAGGACACCUGAACGCCAUCGAAAAUAUCCUGGGUUUCACCGAAGCCGAGAAGAAAAAUAUAAGAAAAGCAAGAUUAACAUAGACUGCAGUGUGUGAUACUACUUAUUUGCAUGUACUAGUGUACUAGUGCAGUAUUUAUUUUUAAAUUUGUUUUCAGGGCUUAAUCGAAUUUAUUUUUAAGAGCCAAAGAAAUGCAUUCCUAUUCGUGCAAUUUGACCUAGAUUAAGCUUGACUUGUUUCAGAUCUUUUAUUUUAUUUAUUAUUGUUUUGCAUGUAAUUUAGUCUAUUUAGCAUAGUUCGCCGUCCACAGUGUUUACAUUUAUUCUUGCCACGAAGCUGUGCCUGUGAUUAGAAUAAUAAAUAAGCAUAUUUUUAAAUUGUUCCUUUUGUUUUCUAGUUUAAUUACCGCAAUUUAAUUCUCUUGAUACAAACAUUGCUCUUUAAGUACACAUCACCUUUUCUGUUUGUUCCACGAGAAUUAAAUUGAAGUUUUGUCUUUUACAUUGAUUUUGCAUCUCAUUCCAUUGUGAAUUUUAGUAGUUAAAAUAUUACCUAUAUUAAAUAGGUAGAUCGUCUUUUAUUUACUGUUAUUAAACUUGUACUUAAAGCUUUUGUUUCAAUAAACGGUGAAUCUUA